CACUACAGCGGCCCGCGAUUAUUGCGACAAAUUCGUGUGCUUUUACCGCCAAAAGUAGGUUAGAGAAAGUUAACUUUUUACAAUGAAAUCCGCGCUGUGUUCAGUGUAAUUUUAGCAACGGCCGUGUUCGCCGCUGUUUCCUCGCUCUCUACCAAACAUCAUCAAAAAGAGUAUAUUAAAAAUGGGUUUAGGAGGACAAGAUAUUUCAGUUCAAGACUACGUUUGCAGUUUACCACUAGAUGUAAAAAAAGUGGCUUUAGAAGAAUUACGCGAAAAUGAAUCGAUAAGAGAACAAUCAUUAGAACAAAUGCGCGAUUGGAUCAACAAAAAUACCAACAUCAAAAGAUGCAGGACCGAUGCGCCAUUCCUAUUAAGAUUCUUGCGAACGAAAAAAUUUAGUGUUCCUUUAGCUUGUGAAAUGCUAGAAAGAUACUUGAUUGUGCGACAAUUGUAUCCAAAUUGGUUCAAGAACUUGGACUGGGAAGAUCCAGAUAUCAAAAACAUUAUUGAAGAUGGUUAUUUAGUUCCAAUGUUGGAGCGAGAUAGCGGUAAAACGAUCCUUUUUAGUUGUGCAGGUCGAUUUGAUCCUCACAAAUAUACAGCUGCUCAUAUGAUUAAAGUUCAUAGUAUCAUUUCGGAAACUCUUAUGGAUGAUGAAACCAAUCAAGUUCAUGGUUAUACUUAUAUUAACGACGAGGGUGGUUUUCAAAUGGCUCAUCUUUCUUUGUUUACAUUAACAGAUAUUCGAAAUGCUUUAAAAUGUAUACAGCAUUCAUCUCCGAUGCGUCACAAAGAAAAUCACUUCAUCAACAUUCCUCCAAGUGCUGUUAAACUUUUGGAUUUUGCUAUGGGUUUCUUAUCCGAAAAACUGAAAGGACGGAUUUCCCUUCAUAAAUCUGUUGAAGAAUUGCACAAAAAAAUCAAUCCGAAGCUUUUACCAAAAGAAUAUGGUGGUGACGUGCCGUUAAAAGAAAUGAUUGAAAAAUUCAAAUUGAAACUACAAGAGAAAAAGGAAACGCUUCUCGCUUUAGAUGAUAUGUACAUAGAAAUCGAAAAAUCUAAUCAGUUCGUUUCCGAAAUUAAUGAAGAACUCGGUUUAGGCGUAGAAGGAAGUUUUAAGAAACUACAGGUUGACUAAUUCUUUUUCAUAAAAGCUUCUUAAAAGUACUAGUCUUUUGAUGGUGUGUAUAAGUCUAGAACUGUUUUACUUGUAUUCCUAAUGAACAAAAAAAACAUGAAACUUAUUAAUCUCGUUCAAUUAACUUCGUAAUAAUUUCGUAUAAUCUCGUAAUUCAUAAGUUAUUUCUUAAUUUCUAUAAGAUUCGUUUUUUUUGACGGAUUUGUUUUUGUGUUAACGUAUUCGUUUAGAGAUAUAUUUAAAGCCUUAGGUGGUUUUUAGUUACCUUCGUUUUUAACGAUUGACUCGUUGCUUAUUAUAUUUUUGUAUAUCAUAAAUUUAGUUUUUGUCCAAUUUUAUUUCGUUUAGUUAUUUUUUAUUUGAAGCACUUGUGUUAUUAUCUACGGUUGUUUGUUGUUAAUUGUGUUAUAAAAAAUAAAUUUUAUAUAAUUUUGU